AUGAAGGAUAUUUUGGCAAAACUUGUUGAAAGUCCAGAACUUGCCCAGGCAGCAAGUGACAUCGCUACUCAUUUGAAUACAGUAUCCAAGUUGAUUAGUGAACAUGUCGAAAGACUCGAGCAGGCUGAACAAGCUCAACAAGUCAAGAAGAAGAGAGAAAGAAAUCCUGAUUUACCAAAGCAGCCUACUUCCAACUACCUCUUCUUUUGCAACGCUAUACGUCCUCAGAUUGAGAAGGAAUUUCCUGAGUUGGUCUUCGCACAAAAGAGCAGAAUUUAUGGUGAGAGAUGGAGAAAGUUGUCUGACGAAGAAAAGAAACCUUACAAUGAGAUGGCUCAACAGGACAGAGAAAGAUACACAAAGGAAAUGGCCGCCUAUGAGAAAACGCAUGGCGUGGAAAAGAAGCCUAAACUCGAAAAGGUGGACGCUUUGCCUGUAAAAAGAAAGCUUCUGCCUACUGUAAAGCCAAGUGUUGCGGUUAAAAAGAAUAUCAACAAUAUCAAGGACAGUAGCAGUAGCAGCAGUAGCAGCAGCAGCAGCAGCAGCAGUAGCGAUGAUAGUGAAAGCGACAGUAGCAGCGAUGACAGUAAUAGUAGUGAUAGUAGUGAUGAUGAAGAAGAAGAUCAACUUCGUUCAUCUGAUCAUGAAGACGACACUAGUAGCUCGUCUUCUAGUGAAGACAGCAGCGACACAAGUGACAGCAGUUCUGAUAGCGAAUAA